CACCUUUCCUCGUGUCUAACUUCACUUUCCAUGGUGAGAUGGCCGUGGAGUCUCUGCUGGUUCCUGUGAAGUCGAAACAGGCUCUGUGGACAGACAGCAGGAGGCGAGAAAACCCGCCGCAGUCCCCUUCGACCUCCAUUUUUAAAAAAUAUAACGCUCCGGACAGGUUUGUGUUGUAGCUGUGUGGCCGGAUAGCCUGGCUGCCUCCCUGCCUCCAGAUGAAUGAAGAGCACUCCGGGGCACAGAGACACAGCUGAUGCAGGGCAUGCAGGUGUUUCUGCAAGUAUGAUGAAGAAAAAGAAUCCCCACAAAAAACACAAGAGCAGUUUGGGUACGACGACCAAAGUUCUGUCGCAGCCUCGACGCAACAUCGUCGGCUGCAGGAUCCAACAUGUCUGGAAGGAAGGAGGAGGACAUGUGAUCUGGAAAGGAACAGUGCUGGACCAGGUGCCAGUGAACCCAUCUCUCUAUCUGAUAAAGUACGACGGUUUUGACUGUGUUUAUGGUCUGGAGCUUCAUAAAGAUGAGAGGGUUCAGGGGCUGGAAGUGCUUCCUGAUAGACUGGCUAAAUCCCGUCUAACAGACGUCAACCUAGCAGACACCAUGAUAGGUAAAGCUGUGGAGCACAUGUUUGAGACAGAGGAGGGUCCAAAGGAGGAAUGGAGGGGGAUGGUGCUAGCCCGGGCUCCCAUAAUGACCACUUGGUUCUACAUAACCUACGAGAAAGACCCUGUCCUCUACAUGUAUCAGCUGCUGGACGACUACAAGGAGGGAGACCUCCGCAUCAUGCCCGACUCCAAUGACAGUGUCCCAGCAGAGAGGGAACCUGGCGAGGUGGUGGACAGCCUUGUUGGUAAACAGGUCGAGUACGCCAAAGAGGAUGGUGGCAAGCGAACGGGCAUGGUCAUCCACCAGGUGGAGGCCAAGCCCUCCGUCUACUUCAUCAAGUUUGAUGACGACUUCCUCAUUUACGUGUAUGACCUGGUUAAAACGUCAUAAGACUUUGUGGACAUUCUGACUCCCUCCCACACGACAGAAACAAAAUGCAGCACAUGUUAAUACAUCUGAAGCAUUUGAUCAAGCGCUUAUUCCUCAGACCAUCAAAGACAAAAAUAAAUACUCAAAAAAAUAAUUCUCACACGGGAAAAAGUGGAUAUAUACUCCUUGAGAAUCUCCUUGUUUUUGCGUUUGAGAACAGUUAAGAUGGGGAAAAAAAACAUCGUGGUGACAUUUAAGACUCUUCUAUGACCUUCUUAAGAUGCUUAAAAUAGAAAAAAAUAUGGCCAUGGUUUUAUGUUACCCUUACAGGAUUCAAAACAUUUUGAAUAUCCCUAAGGACAAAGGCAUCCAAAACCCGAGAAAACGAUCUUCAAAGAUUUCUUGUCAUGUUUCCCACAUGAACUAACACAACUGGCCACCGAAAAAUUAGCAGACUCCCAGCGAAUCAGUCAGAUUGAGAGCUUGUUGGUGGAAAGCACUUCAGAAAGGAAGACAAAAGAGAAGACAAUGCUCCGAAAUGGAUAAACAAACCAAUGUGAUCACAAAGGAGAAAGAGCUUGAGUUUGUUUUUGGGGCUCUUUGGAACAGGAACAAAUAACAGCUCAUUGUCGUUGAUCAGUGCUGUAAUCUUCGCCAUCCUGUCAUCACCCAUUUAGGACCAGCAUCACAAAACUAUGGAAGACUAUUUCUGACAAGAAAAGAAAAACCAAAUGGAUGGUUAGUAGUGAUGAAAACAAAACAAAUAAACAUGGUAAGUAAAAAUGAUGUUAUUAAGUCAAAAUUCUGACUUUGUAAAUCAAAAUGAUACCAACACAAAAGAAUGACAACUUAAUGUAAUAAUUUAAUAGUUUUGACCAUUUAGGGCUCAUAAUUUUUUCAAAAAUUUGAUUUAAUUACUCUCAGUUUUUACAUACAGUGUGUCUUAAUUUAAAAACUAAAUUUAAAUUUUUGUGUGAAUUUGUCUUUAUAAAGAAUCACAUGAUUUGGCUUAAUGUUUCAUAGUUUUUACUUGUCUGAAUUUUGAUUUACAAAAUCAUAAUUCGAUAGAAUCUCAUAAUUUGGCUUUAGUUUGUAAAAAUGUUUAAUUAUAUUGACUUAUUAAGCCUCAUGUUGUUUUGCAUUAAUAUAUUUUUUUAUUGUUUUUUUUUUUUUUUUGCCAAUGGAGCGAAGGGAUAACUUACAGGGGAUAAAUAUCCCACAUCCCUUAAUUUAUGACCCCAUUGUUUUGAAUGAAGGUUAACUGAAAUAGAAUCCUGUUCUGGCUGUUGUACAGAGCAAAAGAUGACAUUUCUUUCAUCACGUAAUGUACUACUUACACAGGCUCCGUUUCAUCAACUCCAACUGAAUGCUCAUGAAGAUGGUCAACAAAUGCUCAUCUAAAAAUUGUGAAAAAAAAAACAGAUGGGGACUUGUUGUUGCCUUUUGCUUUUCUCAUUGCCAAAACCUCUUCCUGCAGUGAAGUUGUUUAAUGUUACAGACUGUCGCACAGCUUUUUCUUGUGAAUUCACUAAGGCCUUUGGAUUUGGUAUUGUGUUGUCUUUUCUAAGUCACCAGUGAAGGAAUACAAGGACAGACAAACAAAACUGUAACUUGACCAAAGCCUUUUCUGUUUUUGAAAGUUCAUUUUAUUGUUAGACAUCUUGUUACUGACGAACGUGUCUGAGAUUUCUUGGGUUCUUUUUCCUCCAUUUGAACUUCGAACACAGUGGUGGAUUAUAAAUGUCUCACAUUGUUUAUUUAAGGGGCAAAAAGAUGUUCUAAUGCACCUUAAAUCCUGGGAGUGCUGAAAAGCAGAGGGUUCCCUGGACAGUUAUUGAGUAUGUUGGACUUCUCAAAAGAAUCUACAAGAGAAACAAAUCCACUCUAGUAACACAGUUAACAAAGUUUUCAUCUUUUGUUAAGAUGUUUGUUAAGGCUGAUUCCCGUACACUUUGGUCACCAAAAAUCUCCAAGUUUGUAAUUUCACAAAUGAAAAGAUUAUUGACUGGUGUAGAUCGGAUUCACUGGCCAGACGAUCUGGUCUGUUCCACAGUAUGUAUGCAGUAUGAGAAGAUGUGUUUACUAUAUGAAGAGAUUAACAACCAGUGAAGGUUUAAAUUUCCUUUUUCACAAAUGUAAAUUUUAUUUUCUUUGGGUUUACUCAAGACUGAAGGUUUUUCAUAAACACGUGUUCUGCACUUUUUUUUAACCUUUAUUGGAACAAAAUUUUAACAUAAGGUUACAAUCGAGCUGUUUGUAAAGGCCAGCCACUCAGUGUUACGUCAGCCAGCUAGAAUAGAAAAGAAACUUCAAAGAGCCUUUAUCGAAACAAGAGAGCACUUAAAAUAAUGGCAGUUUGAGAGCUUGUUGGUUUCUUAAAGCAUAAUUAAGGUUUAUUGCAACAGAAUUACAAAAUAAAAUCAGAAUUAUUCUAGUAAGAUUGCACGCAUCCAUAAUUUUUGGUAUUUCUUAUGGAUGGAACUUUUGUGCAGCUAAUGUUACUGGUAAAAUAAUUUUUUUCACCCAAAACCAGUGAACACAAUAAUGAAACCAGAGGAAAACAAAUGGUACAGGUUGAUGAGGCAUACGUUACAUUCUUGUACAAUCAUAUGACUUGGCCAGGUUGGUGUACAGAACAGAGUAAUUUAUGCAAAACCUUCAGCCUUUGUACUUCCUGUGAUGUAGUUAGUUGCUGAGGCAGAUCACAGCUAUCAUUAUAACCACACUAGAAAAAAAGGAAGAAGAAGAAAGACUCUCCUGAGAUCUGUUGUUUUCUGCACUUGUAUAUGUUUUUUUUUUCCAGUAAAGAUAAGUAUGAUUGUGAUCAUCUCAACAGGCACUAUUUUAGUCAGUUAAAAAGAUAAAGCAUUGUUACCAAGGCUUGAUUCUCAGCGAGGUUAUGUCCAAAUCAGUCACUACAUUUCACUGUUAGUGAUAACAGGUUAUUGUUAUUGUUGGAAUGACAUGGGCCUUCAAUCAUUCUUCUGCCUUGUAUCGUUUGUUUUUGUAUGUUUUAAAAUGUAUGUUAAUAAUUUUUAUUGUUAAUGGAAAACCUGA